AUGACGCCAAGCACAAGAACACUGGUGAAUGCUACAGCAAGAGGAUCGUUGAAAACAAAAACUCCAGAGGAAGCAUUGGAAUUGUUGGAGUCUUUAGCUUCUCAGGAGUAUGACAAUGCUCCAGUCACACAAAGGAGAGCGGGAAUCAUGAAGCUCAACGGAUAUGAUGCAAUCUUGGCUCAGAAUGAACAAAUACUGCAAAUUAAUAAGAAACAACAAGAACAAUUAGAUGCUCUUACAAAGCAAUUUAAUCUUUCUCAAGUUUCUUCUGUUAGUAAUUCUCAAAUUGUUUGUGGUAUUUGUGCAGAUGCUCAUGCAACUGAAGAGUGCGACUACAUGAGCACAACUGAAAAGCCACUAGCGGAGGUCAACGGUAUCUGGUAUGAUCAAAAAAACCAUAACAACUCAGGGAGGAACCAAUAUGGGAAUAACUAUAAUCAAGGGUGGAAAAAUCCUAAUCAACACCCUGGGUUUAGUUACAAGUCUAACCAUCAGCUGAAUCCUCCUCUGCCACUGCAACAACAACCCCCACCACAAGGCAACACUUCAGAGUGGGAGAAAGCUUUUGCACAGCUGUCCAAGACCACAUCAGACUACAUUCAGAAUGCAAAAGCCUUCAGAGAUGAAACAAAAGCUUCAUUCUGGAAUCAAGAAGCUUCUAUCCGGAAUUUGGAAACUCAGAUUAGCCAGUUGUCAAAACAAUUUACUGCAAGAACUCAUGGCACCUUCCCAAGUAACACUGACACGAACCCAAAUGCACAAUGUAAUUCAAUUGUCACCAGAAGAGGGAUCGUGAUUCAACCUGUGAUAAAGCCGCAAGUUGAAAAGAAAAAAGAAGCUGAACCUGAAGCUGAAAAAGAAAAAGAAGAAGAUGCGGGAGAAGCUGAAAAGAGCAGUCCAGAAAAAAAGUUGUUCAAAUGGGAGAAAAAGAAAGCUUUGGACAGGCAACCGAAGUCAGCAAAUCCAUCUCCCUAUGCACGAGUUCUAUACCCUCAGCGGUUGAAACAAGAGAUCCAGAAACAACAAUACACCAAAUUUCUGGACAUCUUCAAGAAGAUGUAA